GCCUACCGAGGCGAGCAGUGAGGCAGUAGCACAGGCGCAUGGGUCGGCUCAAGUUGCUGGGGUAGCCGCAUAUGUAUUCCACGUUGAGGCAGCAACACGGGGACUGGAAGAGGUGAGAUCCUGGAGACGUGGGCUUCAGGAGCAGUUGGGCGGCGGACUGGCUGUGGCAGACGAGACGAACGCCGGUGUUGUGAGCAACCGCAGCAACAUGGGCUCUGCUGCUGCUGCUGCUGCUGCUGGUGGUAUAUCUGAUCCUCCUGUGGGUGCUUCUACUGCCAGUGCUAGUGCUGGUAACGAUACGAGUGGUGGUGGUGAUAGCAGCACCACUGCUGAAAACAGUGUCAGUCCUCCCGGUAACCCUACUGGAGCUGGUAACGCCACAGCUCCCAUCAGCAGCGGCAUAACGCCUGGGGGGAACAGCAGUGCUGCUGGUAACUUCACUGGAACCGGUAACCUCACUGGAACUCAGAACUUCAGUGGGCCUGCUGGCAAUGGCACGGAGUGGGGUGCGGUGCGGUACUUCACGGUGGGGCAGGAGGCGUUCGUGUGGGGGUAUCCUGUGGUUACCUUCUUCCGCCAGCAGGCCACCCGUGCUGCCCUCAACGCCUUCUCCUACGCCAACACCACCGCUGUUGUCGGCACCACCAUCCUCCUUGUGAACGCUGUGGACGGCAAAGCCGUGGACGCUGCGAAUGGCAACGCCUUCCUCUUCUUCUUCCUCCAAAAUGAGGCUCUCCUCUCCCCAAUGUGGACACGGUGUCACGGUGUAUGGAGGAUCCUUCCCCCUGCCCCCUUCCCCCUUCCUCCAAAUGUUCAGGAAUCCUCACUGCACGCCCUUGCAAUCUCUUACCCACCCCACCCAGGCGUGGCUCUCCCCAAUGUGGACACGGUGUCACGGUGCGUGGCGCUCCCCAAUGUGGACACGGUGUAUGGAGGGGCCUUCCUCUACCUGCGAGACCAGCCCAUGGUGAGGGGCUCUGCUACAGGUGAGGGGCCGUUACUACAGGUGAGGGGCGCUGCUACAGGUGAGGGGCCGUUACUACAGGUGAGGGGCGCUGCUACAGGUGAGGGGCCGUUACUACAGGUGAGGGGCGCUGCUACAGGUGAGGGGCCGUUACUACAGGUGAGGGGCGCUGCUACAGGUGAGGGGCUGUUACUACAGGUGAGGGGCGCUGCUACAGGUGAGGGGCCGUUACUACAGGUGAGGGGCGCUGCUACAGGUGAGGGGCCGUUACUACAGGUGAGGGGCGCUGCUACAGGUGAGGGGCUGUUACUACAGGUGAGGGGCGCUGCUACAGGUGAGGGGCCGUUACUACAGGUGAGGGGCGCUGCUACAGGUGAGGAGCCGUUACUACAGGUGAGGGGCGCUGCUACAGGUGAGGAGCCGUUACUACAGGUGAGGGGCGCUGCUACAGGUGAGGAGCCGUUACUACAGGUGAGGAGCGCUGCUACAGGUGAGGAGCCGUUACUACAGGUGAGGAGCGCUACUACAGGUGAGGAGCCGUUACUACAGGUGAGGGGCGCUGCUACAGGUGAGGAGCCGUUACUACAGGUGAGGAGCGCUGCUACAGGUGAGGAGCCGUUACUACAGGUGAGGAGCGCUACUACAGGUGAGGAGCCGUUACUACAGGUGAGGGGCGCUGCUACAGGUGAGGAGCCGUUACUACAGGUGAGGAGCGCUGCUACAGGUGAGGAGCCGCUGCUACAGGUGAGGAGCUGCUGCUACAGCAUCGGGUUCUUCCAGCUCUACUACUCGGAUUUCAGUGUGAACGGCAGCCAAGCCACUCUCUCUCAUCCAACCCCUUCCUUCCUUCCUCCCUCCCUUGCGUUGGUUGGCAGCAUCGGAUUCUUUCAGCUCUACUACUCGGAUUUCAGUGUGAACGGCAGCCGGGCCAACGGGCCAGGGCCAAACACGUUCACCGUUGUCGGGCCCGACUGGGCAGGGGAGUUGCCUGCUGACCUCUCACCCACCGUCAUACGGUCACCCACCAAUGACGCGCUCCUGUUGAUGCGAGUGGUCGUAUCAGAAAACGUCACCAACGACAUUGCUACAGUGCUCGACCUCUACAGUCAAGUCUCGCUACAGUCACUCUCAGAGGCACUAGGCGGGCCUGCAGUUCCGCCCCUCCCCAAUCCGCCCCUCCCCAGCUCCAACCUCUCCGAGGCCCUCCAACGCAUGACUCUCAUUGGCGAGGGCCUUCAGCGGGACCCACCUGCCAAUAACAGCGCCAACAACCGCGUCGUUCGAAUGCUCGCGACCAUCAACGUCACCCAGCAGUACGGUUUCGACCCCUACAGCGUGACACAGCAGCAGGCAGCAGCACUAGAGGCAGCAAGAUUGGUGACAGACCAGGAAUUGAGCAUUGCCAACAGGAUCAUUCAGAUAAACGAAUCACUCAUUCAGUCGGACGAUUUCUGGGCGUCGUCACUCAACUGGCUGGGCCACGACUUUGACCGCGAGUUCUUCUAUCGCGCCACCUUCUCAUCCUCGGGAGGCAUCGGCGCUCUCCCCGCCACCGAAGUCAUCUACUUCCUCACCUUCCUCGCCCAGGCCGUUCCAACGCUGCAAGGCCUGUUUCCCGGCAACCCUGCAGCACCUACUCCCUUGUCAGGAUCACCCCUGACAAUCCCUCUCAACACCACCGCACCAACCAACACCACCACACCAACUAACACCACCACACCAGCCAACGUCACCACACCAACCAACAUCACAUCUUCAACUAGUACCAACCAGACAUCUCCCGAACCUCCCAGCCUCCCCUCCUCGCUGCCUCCCUUCCGCCGCUCCCCCCCGUUCGUCCCGCUUGAAGGCCCACUGUGCUUCCGCCUGCGCCUCACCCCUCCCCCGGUCGACUCCUUCUGGUCGGUCACAGUCUACAACAGCACCUCUCUAAACCUUCUAGAAGGAGUGACCAAGUAUGGCGUGGGCGACAGGACUCCAGGCCUGCUGUACAACCCUGAUGGCACUCUCACCAUCUACAUUCAACCCACUUCGCCCGGCGAAUCGCUCGAAGUCAACUGGAUUCCUACUGUCAACUCGACAAGGAGUGCAGUGGUGCUGCGAGCGUACGGCCCCUCACAGCUCAUUCUCAACGGCACGUACCGCCCGCAGCCAGUGCAGCUCUUCCCUCCCGGCCCCACGUGCCAAGGGGAGCAACAGGGCAGUGUCACUCUCACAACCCCAGAAGGACGACAGGAGGGAAAUGCCACACUCCCAGCGCCAGCAGGGCAGCAGGAAGGCAAUCGCACUCUCAUAAACCCUGUUACUUAG